GGGACCAUCCGUGUUCCAGCGUGGCUCUAGAGCUGGGGGCUCUAGGAUGCCCGUCCCGGGUCCAGCCAGAGGAACCCGUUCUUCAUCCCCCAGCUGUGAUUUGGCCUGGAACAGCAGGGAAGCCUAAACCAGGGUCUUUGUUUUCCCUGGGAAUGGACGUUCCGAGGGCGCCCUCUGCUGGACUCUGGAGCUAAGCAUCUGUGGAUUCCCAGUGAUGGCCACGGUGUUUAGCACUCUCCCCGGACGCUCCCUUUGGAACGACACCCUUCACCAGCAUUACAACUACGUGGGCAAGCUAGAGAACAGGCUGAAAGAUGAGGGGAGUACUCUCACCACCGUGCUCUUCUUGAUCAUCUGUAGCCUCAUCGUCUUGGAGAACCUGAUGGUUUUGAUUGCCAUUUGGAAAAACCAUAAAUUUCACAACCGCAUGUACUUUUUCAUUGGCAAUCUGGCUCUUUGUGACCUGUUGGCUGGUAUUGUCUAUAAGGUCAACAUUCUGAUGUCCGGCAAGAAAACGCUGAGUCUUUCUCCCACUGUCUGGUUCCUCCGAGAAGGCAGCAUGUUUGUGGCCCUCGGAGCAUCCACGUGUAGCUUGCUGGCCAUUGCCAUUGAGAGACACUUGACCAUGAUCAAAAUGAGACCUUAUGAUGCAAACAAGAAAUACCGGGUCUUUCUCCUAAUUGGCAUGUGCUGGCUUAUUGCCUUCUCGCUGGGUGCCUUGCCCAUCCUGGGCUGGAAUUGCCUGCACAACCUUCCUGACUGCUCCACCAUCCUGCCUCUCUAUUCCAAAAAGUACAUUGCCUUCUGCAUCAGCAUCUUUACGGCCAUCCUGGUGACCAUCGUGAUCCUCUAUGUCCGCAUCUACUUCCUGGUCAAGUCUAGCAGUCGCAGGGUGGCCAGCCCCCAGAAUUCUGAACGGUCCAUGGCCCUGCUGCGCACCGUGGUGAUUGUGGUGAGUGUGUUCAUUGCCUGUUGGUCACCGCUCUUCAUCCUCUUCUUGGUGGAUGUGGCCUGUAGGGUGAAGGAGUGUCCUGUCCUAUUCAAGGCACAGUGGUUUAUAGUGUUGGCAGUGCUCAACUCUGCUAUGAAUCCAGUCAUCUACACACUAGCCAGCAAGGAGAUGAGACGGGCCUUCUUCCGCCUGGUGUGCAACUGUCUCAUCCGGAGCAAGGGGACACGCUCCCUUCCAUCUCAACCUGCUCUUGAUACUAACAGGAGUAAAUCCAGCAGUAGCAACAACAGUAGCCCUGCAUCAAAGAGCAAGGAAAAUCUCCCCAAGACAGCUGCUUUGCCUUGUAUCACCAUCACCGACAGAAACAAAACCCUGCAGAAUGGAAUUCUCUGCCAGUGAGGACAUCAGCCUCAAGA